UCUCUCUCUCUCUCUCUCUCUCUCUCUCUCUCUCUCUCUAUGUAGUGCUUAUAUGCGUUUGUAUGUGUGCGUACGUGUGUUUCCUGUGCGGGAAAGACGUUGUAGCCAUGUUGCCCAGUAGUGUUUUAAAAAAUUGGGACAGGACACUGGACACUACUGGUAAGGACAGCAUGCCUAUACGCACUUACAAACACACACAAACACACACGCACACACACACACUCACACAUACACACACAAAGUUUCCAAGGAUAGAUUGUCCGGUCGGAAAUCUCUAAGGACACUAAAUGAAAAUAGGUCACAUAAGUCUCGGGUAUCCGGAGAGGAGGGCCAUCUGUGCCAGUGCCGUUGUGGAUGUGACGCGAGUGUGUUUGGUGUGUGCGUUAUUUCUGCUGGCAUCGGCUCACCUACCACCGUCUUGGGUUUGUGAUUACGGCGGUGUGCUGCUGUGCUCGCCUCGGUUCAAUUUCUCCUCAGUUCAUUUUCUCCUCACUACAAGUAAUGAAUUAAGUGCACCCGGCGGACUGAUGGUGUUACGUGGUGGGUGUGUCGGUGGUUCAGAAGGGGCGAUGUUUACGUAGCUGGAGACAUCUUGCGGUGGUGCCCCUUGGUAGCGGUGUCCUGGUGGUGCAUCGAGGUGUUGCGGGGACGGAGUACGUAUUCUUGCAGCACCUGUGUGUGACCAAUCGUUGAAGAGUGUCUCACAGCAUUGAGGCACGAUGGCCAGCCCGGUGUACGGCGCAGUGAAGUUCGUGGCCAAGAGCAAGGUGAGGAGCAGGAGAAAGCUAGCCACGCCCGCCAUCACGGAAGAAGUCUCGGUGAGGAUGAGGAAACAUUCACGACCUGGACCUUACGAGGACGGCAAGCGGUCCACCAUCAAUCUGGGCGUGGAGGACUUCCCCGCUCCGCCUCUCCCGGAGUCUGCCUCCAAGUUCUGGACUGACGAUGUGAUCAAAAUGGCAAAUAGAAGAAGCAACCCCCGUCAUUCCUCCUCCUCCAGCAGCGACAAGGAGGAGACGUGUUCUUUCCUGAUGAGGGAACACCAUCGGGUGGAGGACACAAACCUGAAGCGCCAGAUAAACUCGUGUUGGGAGGAGAAGGAGAACAAGCUGCGUGAGAGAAGGAAGUCCCUCAUUGUGGAGCAGGAGGGCGUGAACGGCGCGGUAUCACGUCAGAGUUAUGAGCCUUGCCGAGCCAUGGAGAAUCUGAUGGCGAUGAAGGACGUAUCGCCUUCAAAUGAAUACAGUCUUCUCCAAGACUCUGUGAAAGGCAGCGAGAUGGAUGUUUACCCAGGGAACAAACAGGAGACGAACAUGUCCCUCGGCAAUCAGACCCUUGUGGGAGCCGCCGCUAAUCUCACGCCCUCGGGAUUGCCUAAACCUCCUCCCAGAAGAAAACGAGACGCAAGAAAACGAGCCGAGUCUAGUUUCAGUGGGUCAAGUACUCCCACCACCCCCGCCAGUCCAGGAACUCCAGAGAUUUUGAACUUUCCAGGCACGCUUUGCACUCCAGGAACUCCUGGCACACCUUUAACUCCAGGCACUCCAGGCACGCCUUUCACUCCAGCCACUCCUGGUACGCCUUUCACUCCAGGCACUCCUGGCACGCCUUUCACUCCAGCCACUCCUAGUACGCCUUUCACUCCAGGCACUCCUGACACGCCUUUCACUCCAGGUACUCCUGACACGCCUUUCACUCCAGGCACUCCGGGCACCCCAGACACCCCCGGCACAAACAGCACGGUCAGCCUUCCUGGAAGCCCAUGCAGCCCACAAGCCUCGUCACUCUAUAAUGAUUUUUUCUUCAAUGAGAGAAAAUUCACCUACCCAAACACCCCCGACACGCCGAUGACGCCUGACAGUGGCCGUGCUGUCAGCUCCACGCCCGACACCCUGGACUCGCACAGCAGCCCAGACACUUCAGACCGCUUGUCCUCCAGGAGCCUCCUCGUGGAAGACAGUCCCACCAUGCAGAUAGUGCCGCGAAGCCACACCAUGGACAAUCGGAGAACCACGCGAAGGAGUAGCCAGAAGGAUAGUUGGAAGGCAAGGGGAAGCUCGGAAGACUUAUUGCAUCCUAGACACCGGCAAGAACUGCGGAGAAGUGUUAGCGAAUAUCAGCAGGUGGACGAUGGCGGCAGCAGCAACAAGGCGCAGCGAACUUUGAGUGACUCCAAGGACAGGAUGAGCAAGAGAACCACCUCUUUACGCAACCGCAUCUUCGGCUCCAGCAAGAACGAAGGAACCUCUCUGGGCAUUCCUUCGCGCGCCUUAACCAGGCUGUCAAGGAGGGCACGCUCGCGACAACGGAAGCGGAGUGAGGAGGAGCCCGACAGUGAAGGUAAUACCCAUCCCUCUGCCUCUUCUGCUGCUGCUGCUGCUGCUGCUUUUGUUGUUGUCGCUGCUGCUGCUGCUCGACUCCUUUGUUGUUCGUCUAUUAUGAGAGAAAGAGAGAGAGAGAGAGAGAGAGAGAGAGAGAGAGAGAGAGAGAGAGAGAGAGAGAGAGAGAGAGAGAGAGAGAGAGAGAGAGAGGGGGGAAGAGCUUGAUAGAUGAAGUACGAAGAAUAUGACUCGAAAUAGGCAGAGGAAGAAAACGACGACGACGAAAAAAUAUAAGACCGCCUCCUGAGAGGGUUGGCCAAACAUCUACUUUAUUGCCUCAUAAAAGUUUCCCCUCACACCUUCACUUGACUCCCCUCUUCUCUCACCCUCUCCUCUCACCCUCUUCUUUUCACUCUCUCCUCUCACCCUCGUUGUACCUCCAAGGGGACAGUGAAGGAAGACACACUGACGGGAAGCUGAGUAAAAGCGAAAGAGCUUCGAGUUGUCUUCAUGUACUUCAUAAAUUUCUUAAUAUCUUGUGUUUUUUCCUUGAUUUUAGUUAAGUUCUCAUCAGUUGUUACUUGGCUUGCGUGGCUUGAUUUGUUUGUUUCAAUGCUGCUCGCUUUGCUUUUGACAUUAGCUUGUUAUCUUAAUAUUUAGUGUAGUUACUCCUCGCACUGGUGUCAGCUGAUGUCAGCCGGCCGUUAGCCAAGCGGACGGUGUUGUCAGGGCAGCAUCCGUCCUUUCAUCACCACGCACCUGCUACACCACCACCAUCAUCACCACCACCACCACCACCACCACCACCACCACCACCACCACCACCACUAUACACACAACACUUCACCAUACUAUCCAACUACCAGUCAUACAAACAAGAAUAACCGUACUGUAUUUAUUCUGUAGUACUAGGGUAAGCUAAUGAGACCAAACAUCAUGAUAAGCUCCAGCAGGUCUGUUGCUGUUUAAAACCCCCUUGUGAUCCUUAGUGAUGCCUUGUACCGCCACUGUCGUCACCACUAACAAACCUUCCACUGCCACCACCACCACCACCACCACCACCACCACCACGGCCAGCGUCCCUUCAUCACAGGCCCACUACAAACUUACGUGAUGAAGUGUUAUGGGUGUUUCCUAAUGUACAGUAGCUCAACAUAACUCUGGGCUGGCGCCGAUAUUUCUUCCCUCUUCAUGUUGCCUCACGCUUCACACACACACACACUCACACACACACACACACACACACACACACACACACACACACACACACACACACACACACACACACACACACACACACACACACACACACACACACACACACACACACACACACACACACACACACAAUCACUCUCACUCUCA